AUGAACCUGACCCCCAUCUCUACUCCUAUCCAUUUCCUUACCAACAGUUCUCCUGCAAUGAGAGACCACUCUGAUACCACUGUAUUUGAGUCUGCCAUCUUAGGUGGCUCUUUCCAGGAGCUGACCCUAUUAUCUGACAGUGUUGGUGAGUGGCGGCAUAAUGCCAGUCACGCCUCAAGACAAGGAGGAAACGUCACUGAUUCACCAGUGAACAGGACAUUAAUACUGCCAGCAGAGGACUUUGACCCGUUAGGAGGACACACCAUCUGGCAGGUCAUCAUUAUUGUUUUCCUCACUGGAUCGCUUUCUCUUGUCACUGUUGUUGGCAACAUCCUAGUGUUGGUGUCAUUCAAAAUCAACAAAGCACUGAAGACUGUGAACAACUACUACCUCCUUAGCCUGGCAUUUGCUGACUUGACCAUCGGCACACUAUCAAUGAACCUGUAUACCACCUACAUCAUCAUGGACCAGUGGGCUCUGGGACCAGUGGUUUGUGACUUGUGGCUUGCAAUUGACUACGUGGCCAGUAACGCCUCAGUCAUGAACCUUCUCGUCAUUAGUUUUGACAGGUAUUUCUCUGUGACCAGACCUUUGACCUACCGGGCCAAGCGCACAACCAAGCGGGCCAUGACUAUGAUUGGGUUAGCCUGGUCCAUUUCUUUCAUUCUGUGGGCCCCAGCUAUCCUGUUCUGGCAGUACAUCGUGGGUGAGCGGACAGUCCAGCCUAAUGAGUGCUACAUCCAGUUCUUGUCUGAGCCCAUCAUUACAUUCUGCACUGCUAUCGCCGCAUUCUACUUGCCAGUGACUAUUAUGGCAAUCCUGUUUUGGAAGAUCUACCAGGAGACAGAAAAGCGAGCUAAAGACGUACAAGGUCUCAAGGGAUCCGGGUCAAGCAGCAGCCCAAGCCAGGCUCAGAAUCAAGGGAGUGGCAGUGGAGGAACUGGUGGAGAAGGUACAACUAACAGCCAGAAGAAAUCAUCAGCCAUGCUGCGCCAGAUGAGCUCCCAAAGCUGCAGCAGCUAUGAAUUCAAUCAGUUGGCUUCAGAGAAAAACAACAAGGACAAUGCCAGCAUACCAGGAGGAGCAGGAUGCAGAGGGCGGUGCGGCACCUUCUGCUUUGAGUUUUUAUCACUCCUGCCAGGUCGCCAUUCAUCCAAGGGGCCCGUCAACACCACGACAACUACGGUGGGUGAGGCAGAGCAAAGCAGCUGUGAUAGUUUUAACAACAAUGAAGGUGGCGCCUCUGGGGACCAGUCAGGCUCAGAGGAGGAAGCUGAUGGUGUGGACCCAUCGAGGCCUCCAAAAGAUGGUAAGAAAUCUGGGAAGGUGAAGGUGAAAAAGGAUAAACAGCCAUCAUCAUCCAACAAAAGUCAAAAAGAGUCACAAUCCAAUCCUGUCACCUCAUCGCCUACCGACCAGUCAACUACAGCCAUCACCAUGAAAGAUGCCGCUUUAGCCAAACGCUUUGCCUCCAAGGCCAAGACAGAGAUCAAUAAGCGCAAGAAUGAAAAAAAGGCAAAUGAGAAAAAAGCCGCACGGACACUCAGCGCCAUCCUGUUUGCGUUCAUUACGACAUGGUUACCGUACAACAUCAUGGUGUUGGUCAACACUUUCUGUCAGGACUGUAUCCCUGAGACUCUUUGGGCGCUGGGCUACUGGUUGUGUUACGUAAACAGCACAGUCAAUCCCAUGUGCUACGCCCUGUGUAACAAGACCUUCCGCACAACAUUCCGGGAUAUUCUGAUGUGCCAGUGGAAUCAAAGGAAGAACAAGUCUCAUUUCCACCAGAGGAAGGCCGUGGCUUUCCGGAAGAAAGACCCAAUGUAG